UUAAAAAUUAAAAUUAGAACUGAUGGUUUCGAUUUGAUUUCUAAUUAUCUAAAAGGAAAAUUAACAUUUUAAUAGUGUAUCAGAAGGUUUCAAUUCGAAUCUCGUCUUUAUCAUUUUUUUUUAUAUUUUAUUAAUUAAAAUAUUCGAAUUGGUACUGGAAUCGAUGGAUAUCGAAGGAACCUCGGAUUUCGGUUCUAGAUUUGGUUGGUUAGGGCUGCUUGUAUACAUGCACGAGUUCUCGACUUCAUAGAUGGGUGCCAACGGGGCCAUUGAUCUCAAAUGUCCCAUGUAAGCAACCAAUGAAGGGUUCGCUAUGUGUGUUUGCUGAUGGAGCCGAGACACAGGAUUGACCUACGCCCUCUUGGAGCUCCACGUAUGGCGGUAGCCAGUUCCAAACCUUGAAUUCUAUUUGGGCUCCGAUAGGUGAAACGUAUAAUGUUUCGUCUAUGACGGAAAUCUGUGUCAUGCGGACGAGAAGAGGGAAUAAAUCGAGCUCUCGUCUCCCAGCCAUGUUCAUGUCGAAACUAGGGUUUCUGACGUGAAGGCGGGCCCUUUUCUAGAGCUCCAUUCCAUUGCUAUUUGAUCGUCUUCGGCGUUUCGGAAGAGCUCCUCUUAUCGUCUGUCGAUCUCGCUUAGGGAUACAUUUAUCUCUUUGGCUCGCUCUCCUCUCCCCUUCGAUCGUUCCGCCGCAAUGAUAAGAAGGAAGUUGUAUAAGACAAAGCUCUGUACAUUAUUCCAAAGGGAUCGAUUGUUGGGAAAAUACGACAAAGAAGAGGAUAAAAACACUAUGGAAACAAAUAACAAACACAAGAUCAAGAAUACUUUAGGAAAGAUAUUUAGGCUUGAAAUGUGUAUAAGCACUUUCCUAAAAACGAUUUUUGCAUCCUCUUCUCAAUAAGAUUGCUAUGGGUUUGAUGCAAAUAGUUUUAGUGGAUAUGACAAGCCUUUAGAAGAUCUGUAUUGAGCAAACAAUAAAGAAUCUUCAAAGAGGAAUUAGAGAAUAUCUAAUUCAAUCACUUGAGAGUAAACUUGGAGAGUAAAGAAGAAGAAUAUGAAACAGAUGUCUUAAUAAUUUACCCUUAAAUAUCUAUUUAUAGAUAUUUUCUUAAAAGACACAACCUUUGAAAAAUAACUACCAAAAUAACUAUAAAAGAAAACACAUUUUCAAAUAAAUCUUUUAAAAUUUUUUUUUUCUUUUUAAUUUGAACAAUUUAUAACAAUCCCCCACUUGUUCAAAUUUAAAAUUUUCUCCAAGUGAUUAAAUAGUAUUUAUGAAUAAAGUAAUAUAUCUUUCGAUUUGAAUAUUACCUUAGUGUAAGCAUCACAAAGUGAAGUCGAAAUCCCAAAUAGUAUAAAAACUUUGAAUUUGUUAUUCCUAAUGACAACACUGGUGAUACUACACACAUAAAUACAAUAUCCUUGUAUUCCUCAUAAAAUUUUGCUCGGCCCUAAUAUGGCCUUGGACUCAUCCAAGUUCAUGAAUUUUUAUGAGAGAAAACUCCAACUCUCAAUCGAAGCGGCACCACUUCUAAGUUCAUAUAGGUGAAGUUCUUAUAGUAUCUUUGUCACUCUUUGAGAUACUUGUCCUAACUUGAUUGAACUUCAUUAAGAGUAUAAUUAACUCAACUCUCAUUCGGUGACAACCAGCACUUUAACAUCUUUAGAUGAGACUCGUAAAAUAUUUCAAAGUGCUGAACCACUCCACAUGUCAAUGAUUUGUUCUUACCCUUUGAACUCUUCAUUACUCAUUUCAUAAUGUUGAGUAGGGUUGCUAUCAUUGGUGGAUCUUUUAUUCAAGGAGUUUUAGCCCCAUCCAUUUUGAUGUUGAUCUUACAACUUCUCUUGUAAGAGGUUUGGUGAAUGAAUCAUCUUUCACUUGUAAAACAAGAGGAAUUAUUUUUGCUUUUCGUACACGAGUGCUUCUCCUUAAUUUAUGAGAUUGCUCUCCAACCUCUUGUGAACUCGAUUGAUGUCCAAUCAAAGGAAUAUUAGGUUGCUCACCAACCUUUUGAGAUGUCUCCACUAGUGAUUCUUCACUAGUUAGAGGAUGAACAUUAUUACUUGAAGUCAAUAAAUGUUCAAAGAACUCUACAUCUCGAGAUUCUAUUAUGAUAUUAGACUCCAAAUUAAGAAGUCUAUAUGCUUUGCUAUUUGAGGCAUAGCCUAUAAAUACACAUUUGAUUCCUCUAGGUCCCAAUUUUAUCCUUUAAGGAUCAUUAUUCUUACAAUAUACAAGACACCCUCACACUUUAAAAUAACCAAUGUUAGGUUGUCUUCCUUUCCAGAACUCAUAUGAAGAGAUCUUAUAUAUAUAUUUUUAAAGGGAAUUCUAUUUAAGAUAUGACAUGUAGCCAAUAAAGCUUCUCCCCACAAAUUAUAAGAUAAUUUAGCAUGCAACAACAUAACAUUAAUCAUCUCUAGAUAAGUUCUAUUUUUUCUUUUUGCUAAUCUAUUUUGCUUAGGUGUUCAUUAUGCCAUGUUGUUCACAAAACAAGUUAAAUUCAUUAGGAAAGUAUUCUCCUCCUCUAUCACUUCUUAAAGAUUUAAUUUUCUUCCCCAAUUGAUUUUCAACUUCUGCUUUAUAUGCCUUAAAAGCAUUAAAAGCAUCAUUUUUAUGUUUCAAUAAGUACACAUAUGUGAAUCUAGACAUAUCAUCUAUAAAAGUAAUGAAAUAUCUAUUACCUCCUCUCGUUAAUAUGCCAUUUAAUUCACAUAUAUCAGAAUGUAUUAAGUCUAACAAAUUAGUAUAUCUUUCAACACUUUUGAAUGAUUUCUUCAUUAUCUUUGAUUUAACAUAAAUUUCACAUUUAUUAAGAUCAUCAAAAUAAUAAUUUAUUAAACCAUACUUAACCAUUCUUCUAAUAGUGUUAGUUCCAAUAUGUGCUAAUCUAUCAUGCCAUAAUGAAUAAGAAUCAAUAAUAUAAAUCGAAGCAACAACUUUAUUAAAUUUAAAAUUAUUGUCAACAAUAGAUAAUUUGACUAUUCUCUUAGCGGAAUAAUCUUUUCCAACAAAAGUUCCAUUACGGGAUGGAAUUAACUUCCCGGAUUCAAAUACAAAUUUAAUUCUAGGUUUGCUAAGGAGAUUCUCACUUAUUAAAUUUCUACUCAUAUCUGGUACAUGAAAAACAUUAGUAAGAGUGACUUUCUUACCCGAAGUGAAAGUGAGUUCCACAUUUCCUUUGCCAAUCACCUUAGAACGAACUUUAUUUCCCAUUUAAAUCUCUUGCCCUUCUGUGACUUCUUUGUAAGUCUUGAAGAGUGCCUUAUCAUAGCAAACAUGGACGGUAGCACAAGUAUCGUACCACCCAAGGUCUAUCGUACCGAAGCGUACCGCCCGGUACGGGCGGUACGUACUGGUCCGACAGGUUAUCGGUACGUGGACCGCCCGGUACCGCUACAGUGCUAUAGUGCUACAGUACUAUACUGUAGCACUGCUACAGUAUACAAAAUAAAAAAAUAUUUGGUACACCAGGGCGUACCGCUUGGUACGCCCUGAUGUACCGCCCGAUACACCGGUACCGUACCGUACCGAGCCCGGGUCGAAAUGUCGGUACGGUACGAUACAACGAACCUUGGUACCACCAACCAGAAACCUUGCCAAAUAUGGCAUUCACUUCGCUGACCAUAGCAAUUAUAUUAUCAUCUCCCUCAAUGGAGUUGACUUUCGGUUUCUGGCCCUUUUUAAAAUUGUAAUCCCUAGCAAAAUGAUCAGGUUUUGUACACACAAAACAGCCUCCACUCUUUGGCUUCUUAAAUUUUCUUUGAUCCCUUUUGGGGCCAAAAUGAUUCACAACAUUUUAUAUUCACAACAUUUGUUUUUAUAUUCACAACAUUUGCUUUUAUAUUCCCAAAAGAGUUCUCACUCUUUUUUCUUAUCCUCGAUUCCUCCUCGAUUCGAAGAUGUUUUUGAAUUUGCUCCAAAGUGAUAUCCUUGGAGUUAUGCAAAAUCUUCUUCCUAUACCCUUUCCAAGAUGAAGGUAACUUAGUUAUUAUAGCCCCUACUUGAAAAGGUUCAGGAAGUUCGAUUUUUUCAGCCUUCAAUUGAUUAACAAUGACCUGCAACUCAUGCACUUGUGCUAAGAUUGGCUUGUCAUCCAUAAACUUGUAAUCAAAAUAUUUAGAAAUCAAAAAUUUUUUUGUACCUUCCUCCUUGGCAUGAUACUUGAAUUCCAAAGCAUUCCAAAUUGCUUUUGCAGAUGGUUCUACCGUAUAAAGAUCAUAAAGCUGAUAUGAAAGAGCAUUGAGAAUGUGUCCUCUACACAUGACUUCAUCUUCGAUUCUCUUCUUUUGUUCAGCCUUGACUUCAUCGGUGUUAUCAUCGGUUGGAUCAGGAAUUGGUUGAAGAUUUGGAUCAAGCACAUAGAAGAUCUUCAAAGCAGUCAACAUGAAUUUCAUCUUGUCUUGCCAACGGGUAAAAUUCGUUCCAUCAAAACGAUCCAAACGAACAAAAUCUUGAUUCAAUAAUUUGAUGAUAUUUGUGGCCUCCAUAGUGAAUUUAUAUAAACUCACAAAUAUCGUUUUUAGAUUGUUGGGAAAAUACGAUAAAGAAGAGGAUAAAAACACUAUGGAAACAAAUAACAAACAUAAGAUCAAGAAUACUUUAAGAAAGAUAUUUAGGCUUUAAACAUGUAUAAACACUUUCCUAAAAACGAUAUUUGUACCCUCUUCUCAACAAGAUUGCUAUGAGUUUGAUGCAAAUAGUUUUAGUGGAUAUGACAAGCCUUUAGAAGAUCUGUAUUGAGCAAACAAUAAAGAAUCUUCAAAGAGGAAUUAGAGAAUAUUUAAUUUAAUCACUUGGAGAGUAAAGAAGAAGAAUAUGAAAAAGAUGUCUUAAUAAUUUACUCUCAAAUAUCUAUUUAUAGAUAUUUUCUUAAAAGACAUAACCUUUGAAAAAUAACUACCAAAAUAACUAUAAAAGAAAACACCUUUUCAGAUAAAUCUUUUGAAAAGAAAUUCUUUUUUCUUUUUAAUUUGAACAAUUUAUAACAUCGAUGCCCUCGCCAUAGCUGCAAUUUCGCCCAUGGUGAGGCGGAGAUCUGCCGCUUCGGUGGAUCUUUCAAUGGUAAUCGCUAAAGGUUCCGAUCUAUGGGUUGUUUCCUUUUCUCUCCUUUUUUUUCUCCACGAAUGUUGGUAGAAUUACACUCUUACUUGUCUGGUAGUUCGAUAAUACUGCUCUUAUCUAACUCGCUGCUUCUUUUCGGCGAUUAAUUGAGGUAAGGGUGAAAUUGUUGUGCCUUCUGAUGCCUUUUUGAUGUUCGGAUACCUUUAUUCGGUGCAACAUUGACUUCGAAUUUUCCAUAAAAUUGCUAAUCAUAUCAGUUUUCAUGCACAAUUUCUCUAUGUUUAUGUAAUUGAAACUAUAGUUUUAUAUUUAAAGAAUGGUUAUAUUGUCAUGGAGCGAUUGCUGAUAGAAUUUAUUGAUAUGACAAAAAGUUUGAAUUACUUGUGUCUCAAACUACACAAGUAUUUGUGCUUGACAUGUCAUGGGCGGACAUGUAUGAUAUUACUGAUUGCUUGAAUAGCUACGGAUCCAACUAACUAAUAUAUGAUGUUAAGCUUUACCCUCAUCUAAUGGUCAACAAAAGACUUCUUUCAGUGAACCUUUACUAGUUGGUGUUUGAACAUUUUAGUGAUGCAAUUAUACAUUCGAUAUGGUUUCCCCUUCCUGUCCACCCCCAAAAAGAUUUUCCCUUUUUUUUUUCACAUUAGGUGGUUUUAGCUUCUCAGUUUCUUGCUUGAAACUUACUUGAACGCCGUAACAUAUGAAUCAAUUCUGCUGAUUUAAUUAGUCUGUGAAAUAAAUCAGUAGAAAAUGGAGGUCAGAUGAAAAAUAUAUUCAUAACAAAUAUAGGAGAAAAGCUGCUGGAUAAAAAUCUUCAUCACUGGCACAUAUUUAGUCUGGUUCAAUUUGAUUGAAUUUUGAUUUGAGAAAUCUUCAAAUAAUAUCUUAUAAGAAUAUUCAGGAUACACCUUUUUCGGUUAGAUUCAUUUGGUUUACUCUAUUUUGAAGCUGCAUUGUAUGAUAUCAAUUCUAUUUGUUCUGGGAAAAUGAUGAAACUCAGUUCAAUUGCCUGCAGAUGAAAACUAGCUUCUUAUUUCUUGAUCCAAAAUCUUCUCAGGUGAAGUUUUUACAGAAUAUCUGCCAUAAUUCUUGGUUUCCUUUUUAUAGUAUAAUGGAACAAAUUAUCAACCUCCAAACAGCUUCUUAGUAUCACUUGCAAUUGGAGAAUGGCACAUCUGCAUUUUCUAGCCUCACAAUUGGUGCCAUGAUGUUGAUAAUGACUAAAUGAAGACAUAUCUAAGGGAUCACAUUUGCUAGGUUUGCUGCAUACUUACUGCACCAUUCUGCAUGUGACACUCUUUACAUUGUUAGCAGCUUCAGCAAGAGUAAUUGAUGACUCAUACAGUUGAUUUGAUGCAUUCUGUAUCCAGUUUCAUCAAUUGGAUCCUUAUUGAUGGUCUUUCUAUAUAGUUAGAGAAGGUAUAUGUUGGGAUGAUUCUUGGACAUAUCAGCAUGGUUAUACUGGAUGGAAGGUCCUAUCUUUACUGUGUCAAUGGCUCUGCAGUGGAAAAUCUCUCAAUUUCUGUUGCUCAUAGUUUCUUUAGCUACAGAAGGCAUCUACAAUAAAUCUUAUUGCUUACUUAUGAAAUAUUCGAAGGAUUCACUCAGUGAUCUAAGAUCCUUACAUGGUAUUGCAACUAUUAAUUUUAUGAUCUACUUUGUAUGUUCGGUGGCCUUUUGCAAUUGUUGAGGAGCCAAUAAUUAUUCGUUAUUGAAUUUCUCGUAUUGCUCAUGGUGAUGGUCGACGGAAUCAUAGAAGUGGGGACUUGAGAGAUAAACUUGACAGAAGGCAUUCUCCUUAUAGGAGGCUAUCAAAAGCCUCACCAAACUUGACAGAAGGCAUCCCUGGUAGAGAUGCAAGGGCUCACCAAACUUUCCGGUAUCAAAAGCCAAUCUAUCAUGAUAGAGGCUCUAGCUUUUCGAAUUCACCUAUCCAGAGAAGGUUUACUUUCUGGUGUUGCAUUUAUGGUUUUACUGUGAGAGAAGGAAUAGGAAGAAGCAGCACAUGAAUAGAGAAAGUGAUGUUUCUGAAAGCUCUGAAGUUUCUGAUAGUCCUGAAGAUAGGAAAAGGGAAGAAAAAGCUUCAUCUUAUGAUGACAAGGAUGGCCUUGAAGAGCAGAUAAGGCAAAUUCUGUUAGAUAUUGAGAUGCUUGAUGACCAUAAAUCCCAACUUGAGAUCUUUUUGGAUGAGAAGGCUGAUGAAGCAUACAAGCUUUUUAGUCAGAUAGAGGAGCUUGAAUCACAAAUUAACAAAGAGCAAGAAAACUGUAGAAGGAUCACUUCAAAGAUUAAAAAAAUCAUUAAAGCUCAUGGAUGGUAUAUAAAAGCACAGGAGGAGUAAAGAAGGCAAAUGUUGUUUGUGGAAAUAAGAAAUGUUAUAGCAUUUGUUCAUUUUAUUGGCUUGCAUCUGUUUUGAUCUUGGUUGGCCCAUGACAAGGGAAUGUUGCUCCAUCUCAACAUGGGUGUUGCAUGUUCUAACAGUAUAGACAGCAGCCUCUACAUGUGGAGGGAUCAGAUUUCCCUCCCCGGACAUGCAGUGGCAGGAGCAUCUGGCACUAGGCUGCUUUUCUUUAUCAUUUUUGUUUUGAACUUAGCAGACACCUUGUUUUUUAAGCAUCUGAAUAUGGAGACGAGACAUCAAUUUUACAGGUUGCAAACCCAUCUACAGAAGAUUGGUUGUCAGCUUAGUUCAGAUACCUUAAGAACUUAUGCCAACGAAGAUGAUCCAAGCAUCAAUGUCACCAGUGAUGGAGAUCCUAUUGAUGAUGGGAAAUAAAAAAAAUAUGAUCAUAUGAGUAAUAUGUUAUCAAUCAAGAAGAGAUCACUUGAAUAUCCAGCCACAAGCAAAGAACUUAAAUUGGGAUUUCACGAAAGAGAGAGAUCCAGAUGUGAUAUUUAAACCUGAUAAACUUCCAAGGUUUGAAGGACCUGCCUAUCAGUCGGAAAUUAUCAGUAAAGGAACUGAUUGAACGAAAGCAAUCCUGACCAAAAAUAAGUCAGCGGUAGAGGACUACAAUCACAAACAAGGAAGAAUUGAUUCUUCUACCUUUGCCUCUUUGAAUAAGGGGAAGAGUUCUUAAGUGCAACAUUCCUUCCGUUUACUGGUAUGGCUGCUCCUGCAGAGGAAUUUAUAGAGGCUACUGAACCUGAUGAGAAACCUGAAACUAUAGAAACUAGUGCGGUCUUUGAAAUUGAUGAUGUGGAUUAUGUGACUAAGUCUACUAACAUGCCUCCACCACCUCCAGUCACGCAACAAACAAACAAGCAGCACGAGGGUGAUAAUGAGGAAUUUGAUGGGGGAAAAGGUAGACCCUGAAAUGCUGGAUAAAGACUAUGAACAGUGAGGUGGAUAUUUGAGCAGGUAUGACUCAUGAGCUCUGGGAAGAGGCGGAGGCUGUCUGCAUCUAAUUUCCUGUGACGAGACUAGAAACAUGGUGAUCUGAUUACCUCUUUGUACCUUCAAGAAACCUCCAGAAGCUGGGCGUCUUGGUUAUUAAAUUUUCUAGGACCCGGAUUGGUGCUCAGUUCUGUUUUUUUGACUAAUACAACAGAAUAGGUACUCAUUUUGCUUAGUAUUGUUGAUGAAAGGGGCAUAAACCUCAGCAAUUUCUCGGUAUCAGUGUCCUCAAUUGGUAUAGCAAAUGCAUCCUUGUAGUUUUUUCUUAUUCCCUUAAGCAUGUGUCUUUGCCAACAGUGCUUUGUGGAUUUUUUUUUGUUU